UGUAGCCGUGUUUACUCUUCUACAAAACAAAUGAUUUCACUAAAAUACUGCUUGUCCGCUGUCUUGCAAAACAACAUGUUUUUGCUACAGGACGAGGACGCGCACGCAGUUUGCUGGGAAGCACAUGCUUAAUAUUAAUAGCUCCGACACUGAACUGCUCGAUAGAUAAAUGUUAGCUCACAGCUAACAAAUCCAGCGGCCACAGAGCCAAUGAGCAACAGCUCAACGCCCACAAAAUGAACACAACUGUGAGUGUAAGUGAUUAUCUGCUAUACAUUCAUGACAGCUGUCUGUGAUAGUUACAACUUACUCUACUAUUAAAUAUUUACCAGUGGUGCAAAGUGACUGAGUAUAUUUACUCAAGUUCUGUACCUCAGUACAAUGUUGAAGUUCUUGUACUUUACUUAAGUAUUUAAACGAUUUGUUACUUUUUGUUUCUACCCCACUACAAUUCAGAGUCAAAUCUUGUACUUUUACUUCACUAGAUUAAUUUAAUACAUUUAGUUACAGAUUUGGAUUGAUUUCGUGAACUAUAAUCAACACUUAAAUAACACUUUAUUUAUACAUGGAGUAACAUUCACAAGCUACUCUGCAGUAUAACAAGUAAUUACAACUAGCUCCACCGCAGCUUUGAGAACAAUUUAAUGCAUCAAUAAUUAUAAUCAAAACAUAUUAUUGAUAUUAUUCUGAAAUGGGCCAAUCUGUUUAAUGAGUAGCUACUGUUACUUCCUGUACUUUAAGCAUAUUUUGAUGCUAAUAGUUUUGUACUUUUACUGAAAUUGUAUUUUGAAUGCAGGACUUUUACUUGUAACAGAGUAUUCCUACACCCUGGUACUUCUACUUUUACUUAAGUAUAAGAUCUAAAUACUUUUUCCACCUCUGUUAUUUACACCAUACGGAGCACAAGGUGUGUAUAGCAGCAGAGCUUGAGUGCACUGUCGCCUCACAUCUCUGAUGAGUAUGGGUCUGCUUUCUCACUUUACUGCAGCUGUGCUCCUGCUGCUCUUUACCUUUUUAUGUUUUUACACCAACCACUUGUCUAUUCAUCAGAACAGACUGGUUAGAUCAGUUUCUGCUCAGCACACUGAAGCACAUACAAUACUUGGUUAUUAUUAUCCAGCAAAACCACAGAACAAGUCAGUAGAAACAAGGACUGUUAUAUCCAGAGCUGAUAAAUGCACCCUGGCCCCAGAGAGUCGGUUUGACUGUGCCAGGGACAGGCUGCUCACCCAGAGAGAGUGUGAAGAGAGGGGCUGCUGCUAUGCCCCCCUGCCUCACUCUGCAGGACCACCUUGGUGCUUCUACCCCAGUUUGUACCCUGGCUACAAAAUGGGUCCUCUCACCCCCACCACACGAGGACAGGAGGCCACCCUGACUCGUGCCACCCCUUCAUAUCUCCCCAAAGACAUUGCCACUCUACACCUAGAAGUGACAGAGGAGGCUGCAGGCUGCUUACACCUCACUUUUAAGGACCCAUCAUCUCAGCGAUAUGAGGUUAAGCUCCCAGCUGGUGUUCCUCAGAGCCCAGCUGAUACCCAGGAUGUUCUCUAUACCACUGAAUACCAGGCGGAGCCAUUUGGCUUCAUAGUGCGCCGGAAAUCUAAUGGAAGGGUUAUCAUGAAUACCACGGUUGCUCCUCUGCUGUUUGCUGACCAGUACCUGCAGCUGUCCACCACGCUGGCCUCUUCCCUUGUGUCCGGCCUCGGGGAGCAUUACACCCCCCUCCUCCUGGACCUGAACUGGACCUCUGUCACUCUCUGGAACAGAGACAUGGCGCCCCACGCUGAUGCUAACCUCUAUGGCUCCCACCCAUUCUACAUAGUCCAGGAAGAGGACGGCUUGGCACAUGGAGCUUUCCUUCUCAACAGCAAUGCAAUCGAGGUGAUGUUGCAGCCGACCCCUGCUCUCACAUGGGUGGCUAUCGGUGGAGUCCUGGACCUGUACGUUUUUGUGGGUCCUGAUCCUCAAAGUGUUAUACGACAGUACCUUCAGGUCAUUGGCUAUCCUAUGAUGCCUCCUUAUUGGUCGUUGGGCUUUCAUCUGUGUCGCUGGGGUUACACGACAUCUAAUACAACCCGGCAUGUUGCACAGCGCAUGCACAAUGCUAAGUUUCCCAUGGAUGUGCAGUGGAAUGAUCUGGACUAUGCAAAUAAACGCAGGGUGUUCACAUUUGACCCGUGGCGAUUUGGAGACCUCCCACAGAUGGUUGACGAGUUCCAUAGGAGUGGCAUGAAAUACAUCCUUAUCCUGGACCCUGGGAUCAGCAGCAGAAGCCCCCCUGGCACUUACCCACCGUUUGAUGAUGGGCUGAAACGAGACGUCUUCAUAAAAAAUUCUACAGGACAAAUCCUGAUAGGGAAGGUUUGGCCAGGCCCCACAGCCUUCCCCGACUUCACCAACCCAGAGACCGGACGCUGGUGGGAGGACUGCAUCAGAGAUUUUCAUUCUAAAGUUCCUGUGGAUGGUCUAUGGAUUGAUAUGAAUGAACCAUCCAGUUUUGUGCAGGGCUCAGUGGAGGGCUGUCCUGACAGUGACCUUGAGAACCCGCCCUACACACCCAGAGUUGUUGGAGGCAAGUUGAACUCGGGAACUAUUUGUCUUUCGGCCCAGCAGAAGCUGUCCACUCACUACAACCUGCACAAUAUGUACGGACUGACGGAGGCCUCUGCCACUCACAGCGCUCUCAUGAAGGUACGAGGAAAGAGACCCUUCGUCUUGUCUCGCUCCUCCUUCCCUGGCAUCGGACGCUUCUCUGGAGUCUGGACAGGAGACGUCCGGAGUGACUGGGAGCAGCUCCGAUACUCCAUCCCUGCUGUGCUGCACUUCGGCCUGUUCGGGGUUCCCCUCGUGGGGGCGGACAUCUGUGGUUUUGGCGGGAACACCACUGAGGAAUUGUGUGUACGCUGGAUGCAGCUCGGGGCCUUCUACCCAUUUAUGAGGAACCACAAUGACAAGCCAAACGCUCCUCAGGAGCCCUAUGUUUUUGGGCAGAAGGCCCAGGCAGCCAUGCGGAGUGCAUUGAACCUUCGUUACUCCCUUCUCCCUUUCCUCUACACACUCUUCCAUCAUGCGCACACCUCUGCUGACACUGUAGCCAGGCCACUCUUCGUGGAGUUUCCCACUGACCCUAACUGUCAGACCAUAGACCGACAGUUCCUUUGGGGGAGUUCCCUUCUCAUCAGCCCAGUUUUAGAGCGGGGGGCAGAAGAGCUGGCUGCUUACCUGCCCCCUGCCACUUGGUACAGUCUGCACAAUGGUCAGCCUUUCUACAGUAAGGGUCAGUACCUGCUCCUGCCAGCCCCCCUGGACACCAUCAACGUCCAUGUGAGGGAAGGACAUAUAAUCCCCCAGCAGGAGCCUGCUUUGACAACGGCAGUCUCUCGCAGAAACCCUUUCUUCCUGACGGUGGCGCUAUCAGCAGGAGGUUGGGCAUGGGGAGACUUGUUCUGGGAUGACGGGGACAGUCUCGACACCUUUGAAACGGGAAAUUAUUGUUACGUUAUCUUCAUGGCUGGACAGUGUCAGGUGGUGAGUGAUCCCCUCAGGCUUAAUGGGGCUCUGGAUGGUCUGGUUCUUGGAGGGCUGCAGGUUUUCGGGGUUCCCUCCCCACCCCUAUACGUGUUAGCCAAUGGGGAACAAGUCAGGGAUUUCAUGUACCGCAGUGACACCAAGGUUCUAACAGUGACCAACCUGGCCUUGCCCAUGUCAACGGUGUUUAGAGUCCAAUGGGCUCUCUGAUACACUGAACUCUAUUACCCAAGAACCAUAGGGAGCUUGGCUUUUUUGCAUUGUCCCAACCAUCCCAGACCUGGCGAUGCACCUUACGCUAUGCUACCUCUUUAUCCAAUAACUGCUUUGUAAGGAGGAGUUUAAAAAAAAAAUUGAUGACAUCAAUCAAAGGGAGCUAUCAUUUUGACAUUUUAUGUUUUCUUGAAAGCCUACAUUUGCUGCUGAUGAUUUGAUGUAUUGUAAAUAGAUAUAUUUUUUAAUUCUUUAAUGGCUUUUUUUUACCUGUAUAUACCUGUAUGUUUUACAUCAGUUUUGUAAACCUUUGUUACUAAUAAUGCAGAUACAUAAAAAUGAGUCAAGGUGAAUUUGAAUUUCCCACAUCACUGCAUUUGAGCGCUCAUCAAAAAAGCAUUACAAAUGUAAUUAGAAUAAAUGGUUGUUUACAAGAACACUGCUGCUGUUCUAUCUUCAGAUAUAACAUAGUGUUUUUAUUGUGAAUACUCCACCAUCAUUGUACAGGAUCAUGUGUUAAAUAAAUAUAUAAAUUGUUUAUUGUACAUUUUAAUUGGGGAAUUUCAUAU